AUGUGCUUGUAUCGGAAACGAUGCGGGAUAAUCACUCUGCUCGGCACAUUCGCUUACCUCAUCGUAUGCCACGUUGUGUACGAUAGCGGCUCGGCGCGCAGAGAUCAAGGCAUCGACUUCGCGGGAACGCUUAUGAUGGUGACGCUCAAGCUGACGUCAUGCGCGUUCGACUACCAGGACGGCCAAUACCUCUCCGACCCUGUCGCCGCCGAUUCCGCCGCGAGUGCCGCUGGUAACCGGCGGCCUAUCCGCGGUGCGGACCGGCAUUUGCGCGACCUUCCUUCGCCGCUUGAAUUCGUGGGUUACAUGUUCUGCGGCGGGUUACAUCUCACAGGACCGUACUUUGAAAUGAAACCGUACCUCCAGUGGGCGAGGCACGAGGGUGUGUGGUCACGAUCCGAGCGAAAGGCGCCGUUCUUGGUGCCGCUUUUGACGGCGCUGGCGUGGGCCGUACCUUCGGGGCUUCUUCACCUGAUGCUUAAACCGCGUAUGAACGUCGCGAUCACCUCAGACCCUGCUCAGGUCUGGACUGUUUCGUACGUGGCGCGAUGGGGGUACGCGAUCCUGGCGACGUACGCCGUACGUACGAAGAUCUACUACGUGUGGAUGGUGGCGGAGGGCAGCAUGGUCGCGAGCGGACUGGGGUUCAGCGGAUGGGUGCCGCACCGCGCAGCCGCCGCUGCUAGUAACGGCAGCCGCACCAGCAGCAGCGCGCGGGGAGAGAAAGCGGAGCCUAGGGGACGGCGCGGGGGACUGGCGGCGCAGGCGGAUUGCGCGGCACUGAGGAAGGUUCUCGGGGAGAGGAGCGCGAACGGUGGUGACGCGGACGUACCUGCACUGACGACUGCGGCGGUCGCAGGAGAUGUGAUACUAUCGGAUAGUGACGAAGAUGAGAACAGCGCGCCUGUGAUCAGAGCGAGUGUGAGAAAGACGAGCAGCAAGUCGAGACCAAGAGUGGCUGUUGCCGCAGCAGUGCCGCAGCUGGAGCAGAUCGACUCAGACGAGGAGAGGGAGAGGGAGAGGGAGGGGAAGAGGGAAGGGAGGGAGGAGGAGCGGGAGGGUGAAGCGAAGGAGGCGAGCUGGAAGAGGGCGCGCAACAUUGACAUCGUGGGCGUGGAGGCAGUGACGGGCAUGCACGGCUUCGCCAAGAACUGGAACGUGCGCACCGGCGAAUGGCUCCGCACCUACAUCUAUGAGCGCGUGACACCGGAGGGGCAGAAGCCAGGUGUGCUGCCGCUGAUACUCACCGUCUGCACCAGCGCCGUCUGGCAUGGCGUGUACAUUGGAGACUUCUUCUUCGCUCUCAACAUGGCGUGGCUCAUCAUGGGCUCGCGCAUCAUCUACCGCUACCAGCGCACCAUCCCCGCCUCCUCGCGCCUCCUCUCCCUCACAGUCGCCACGCUGCACUCCCUCUACUCAUUCCUCGGCGCCAACUACUCGGCCCAGGGUUUCAUUCUCCUCUCCGCCUCACAAACACUUGUGGCGUACCGUGGAAUGGGUUGGGUAGGCACGCUGUUGCCUCUCAUUCCUGUGGCUCUGUUGCAGUUUGGCAAGCUAAGGGGGGGCAGGAAUGUUGAAUUGGCAUCCACAAGACAUUCCAAAGUAGCAUGA